AUGACCCGGGACGAGGCGCUGCCGGACUCCCACUCUGCACAGGGCUUCUAUGAGAACUAUGAGCCCAAGGAGAUCCUUGGCAGGGGCGUGAGCAGCGUGGUCAGGCGCUGCAUUCACAAGCCCACGCGCCAGGAGUAUGCCGUGAAAAUCAUCGACGUGACAGGUGGAGGCAGCUUCAGUUCCCAGGAGGCGCAGGAGCUGCGAGAGGGCACACUGAAGGAGGUGGACAUCCUACAGAAGGUCUCAGGGCACCCCAACAUCAUCCAGCUGAAGGAUACUUAUGAAACCAACACGUUCUUCUUCUUGGUGUUUGACCUUUUUAGACAGAUGAGGCAAGGGGAGCUCUUUGAUUACCUCACCGAGAAGGUGGCCCUGAGUGAGAAGGAGACCAGGAAGAUCAUGCGGGCGCUGCUGGAGGUGAUCUGUGCCCUGCACAAGCUCAACAUCGUGCACCGCGACCUCAAGCCCGAGAACAUCCUGCUGGAUGAUGACAUGAACAUCAAGCUCACCGACUUUGGCUUCUCCUGCCAGCUGGAGCCCGGGGAGCGGCUGAAAGAGGUCUGUGGGACCCCCAGCUACUUGGCCCCGGAGAUCAUCGAGUGCUCCAUGAACCAAGACCACCGAGGCUAUGGGAAGGAGGUGGACAUGUGGAGCACCGGCGUCAUCAUGUACACCCUGCUGGCCGGCUCCCCGCCCUUCUGGCAUCGGAAGCAGACGCUCAUGCUGAGGUCGAUCAUGAACGGCAACUACCAGUUCGGCUCCCCGGAGUGGGACGACUGCUCGGACACGGUGAAGGACCUGAUCUCCCGCUUCCUGGUGGUGGACCCCCAACGCCGCUGCACAGCGGAGGAGGCUCUCGCGCACCCCUUCUUCCAGCAGUACGUGGUGGAGGAGGUGCGCCACAUCAGUCCCCGGGGCAAGUUCAAGGCGAUCGCGCUGACGGUGCUGGCCGCGGUGCGCAUCUACUACCAGUACCGCCGCGUCAAGCCGGUGACCCGCGAGAUCGUCGUCCGAGACCCCUACGCGCUGCGGCCACUGCGCCGCCUCAUCGACGGCUGCGCCUUCCGCAUGUACGGACACUGGGUGAAGAAGGGGCAGGAGCAGAACCGCGCGGCGCUCUUCGAGAACACGCCCAAGGCCGUGCUGUUCGCGCUGGCCGAGGACUAA